AGACGUUUGUUGGUGGUGGUCGCUGUUUUUGUCUUGAAAAAAAUUACGAUACAUUUAUUUAUUUGUUACGUUUCAAAAUAUUUUAUCGUGCGAUAAUAAUUAAUGUAGUGUUAAUUAUUUUAUCUAGUGCAAGUGGUGUCGUAGUUUUGUGUGUGCGCUCUUGUGGAAGAUUGAUAAGAACAGGUGAUGCCGUCGAAUACACCCCGAAUGGAUCGAUAUCGGUGACUUUGAGUUUGGAGUGUUUUUACGCUGAAUGCGAGAGGAGACGAAGAUGGAGAAGUCUGCCCGGCCUCGGACGGCCCUCAACGAAUGCGUGAAGGUGGUGGUGCGAUGCCGGCCACUUUCAGAAAAGGAGAAAAAUGAGGGUUACGAGGAGGUGUCAAAGAAGCGGCGGCCGGAACAGAAAUGGUACGAGCGGCUGUCGACAAAAACGACAGUGGACAAUAAAAAGUUUGACGCCCCCUUGCAGGUGGUGAAGGUGUGGCCGGAGCGCGGCGCCGUGCAGGUGUACAACCCCAAGGGGCAGGACAAGCUGUUCACGUACGACGCCGCCUACGACUGCGCCGCCGACACGCAGACCAUAUACGAUGAGAUGGUCCGUCCCUUGGUGGCGUCCGUGCUGGACGGGUUCAACGGCUGCGUGUUCGCGUACGGGCAGACGGGCACCGGCAAGACGCACACCAUGGAGGGCACGGCCGAGCACGAGGGCGUCAUCCCGCGCACCUUCCGCCACAUCUGGGCGCACAUCGAGAACACCGCCUCGCCCGACGUCACGCACCUCGUGUCCUGCUCCUACGUCGAGCUCUACCUCGAGGACGUGCGGGAUCUGCUCUCCAAGGACUGCAAGAAGCUCACCAUCCGGGGACAGCCGGAUGCUAGUGAGGAAGUACUAGCGUCCGAAGGAGUGGACUCCUCCUCCACGAGCAGUGGACUGCUGCUGUGGGGCACCCCAGAGGUCCGCAGGAGGACUUCAGACGGCGCUGAGCGUAGCCAGCGUACGUCAGGAUCGGUGCCAUCGGAGGACGGAGGAGGGUCCUCGGGCAGCCCUCAGAGGCUGCAACGGGAGUACCCCACGUUCAACUCAGAGGCCCAGAAGAGGACCUCAGACGGCGCUUGGCUUGCGGCUCGGCGCGCGUCAGGAUCCAGUAACGUGGGAGGACAGAGGGGAGUUCUGCAGCCCUACUACAGAGGCUGCAGCUGGAGGAGGACGCCGGUCACAUCAGAGGUCGGGAGGACCUCAGACAGCGCAACAAGUCGGCGCGUCAGGUUUGGUGACCAGAGGACGGAGGAACGCCCUCAGAGCAGCCCUCCUGCCAGAGGGAGAAGGAGGUUCGUCAUCUCUACGUAG